UUCGCUUAUUAUAUCUAUUACGAUUUCCGUUGAAGCUUAAACACAUCUUUUCUUAAGAACCAACAAAACAGAUGGAUCCGAAGGAACUUCCAUCCAUCUUAAGAGAAGACAAGAUAAGCGAAGAAACCAAGAAGCUGAUCUCUUCGCUUCUUUCACACACUGAUUCUCAAGGGCAGAAGCUUUGUCAAUAUCAAGGAUGUUGGUAUUAUUACAACACCCUCCAAGGCGUUCUUAAUUUCCAGAGAGGUUUUAAACCCCAAGACACGGAUAUUAUCCUUGCUUCUUACCCCAAAUCAGGAACUACUUGGCUCAAGGCCCUCACUGUCGCCCUCCUGGAGAGAUCAAAGAACCAUUCUUCUUUGUCAGACGAUGAACAUCCUCUACUCUAUGAUAAUCCUCACGGCAUUGUACCAUGCUUGGAGAUGGAUCUUUAUCAUGAAAGCUCAAGUCCUAACCUAUCCAAGUUCUCAGCACAUCGGAGGCUGUUCUCGACUCACAUGCCACUGCAGGCGAUGCAUGAAACCCUCAAGCAUUCUCCAUGCAAGAUUGUGUACGUGUGUAGGAACGUGAAGGACACGUUGGUUUCGUGGUGGUUUUUCUUAUGCUCUAUUCUUAAAAUAGAACAAAGUAGAGGCGUUCUCGAGUCUCUGCACGAAUCUUUCUGCAAGGGAAUUAUCUAUUAUGGACCAUUUUGGGAGCAUCUCUUAAGCUACUGGAGAGCAAGCUUGGAAGACCCCGAACAUGUACUUUUCAUGAGGUAUGAGGAAAUGAAAGCAGAGCCUCGUGAUCAGAUCAAGAGACUUGCCGACUUCUUGGGUUGUCCUUUUACUAAGCAAGAAGAAGAUAGUGGAGUUGUGGACGAGGUCUUGGACCUUUGCUCUCUGCGUAAUCUGAGCAGUUUGGAGGUUAACAAAACUGGAUCAAGAAACGACGUGGAUCACAAGUUUUAUUUCCGUAAAGGGGAAGUCGGCGACUCAAAGAAUUAUCUUACGCCUGAAAUGGAGAACAAGAUAGACAUGAUCAUCAAAGAAAAAUUGCAGGGUUCUGGUUUGAUAUUCUAGAGUUGUAUGGUUGUUGUGUUUCUUUGAUGCAUCAAAAAUAAGAGUACCUCCCGUUUCUAUGUUCA